CUCUUACUUUGCUCAUUAUCCACCAUAGAAUCUCCAACUCCCCCACUCUCUCUCUUCUCUGUCACUCCUCCUCACCACCGCCUUUCUCUCUAUUAAAUCCCCUCUCUACCUUACACCUCUCCCUCUCCUUCAAUCCUCUCAUUCCAUCUCCAACCACACCCAAACAACACUUCAAUAUUUGACACUUUAUAUCUUCAUCGUCCAAGUUGAAUUGAACGUUCUCCAAAACAUGAAGGAUCGGAUGUGCGAGCUCUGCGACCAACGCGCCGCUCUCUACUGCGCCUCCGACUCCGCCUUCCUCUGCUUUCGCUGCGACUCUAGGGUUCAUAGCGCCAACUUCCUCGUCGCUCGCCACGUCCGCCAGCCGCUCUGCUCCAACUGCAAAUCCCUCGCCGGGUACCCCAUCUCCGGCGAUGGCGUAAGGACUGAUCAUUGGCUCUGCUCGUCCUGUUCGCCGGAGGAUUUUUCCGGAGACGAUGAUGAUUCGUUGUUGUCGUCGUCCCUUGAUUCUGUUGGCUCUGCAUGCGCCUCCAGCACGGAUCAGUCUUUAGCGACGACAACGACGGGUAAGGUUUGUCCAAGGAGAUCAGGGAGCUCAGUGACGGAAGUCUCCAAGGGCUCGUACGUUCCGGCGAGAUUCUCCGCUAGGUUUAUGAGGAGAAGAAUGCAGAGAGUGAGGAGUGCCGACGCUAGAGCGGAGGGUACUUUCGUAAACUGGUGCAAGAAGCUUGGUAUGAGUAGCGGUGAUUCCGCCGUCGUGGUGUCGUCGGCUUCUCAUGCUUUAGGGUUUUGCUUGGCCCGGCUGCCGGGAGUGCCAUUAAGAGUGGCGCUCGCUGCGUCGUUUUGGUUUGGAGUGAGAAUUUGCGGGGACAGGGCGGUGUCGACGUGUCAGAAUUUGAGAAGGGUGGAGGAGAUAUCGGGAGUGCCGGUGAAGCUGAUAUUGGCCGUUGAUGCAAAGCUCGGACGGGAACUGAGAACGAGGAGAGGGAGGCCGGAGAUAAAGGAGGGUUGGGCAGAGUGUUGAUGAGUCUUGAGGUUUGGCAUGUACGAUGGCAUUGCAGUAGAACAAACUAGUGUGGAGUGUCUAUUGUAGAUUUGCAGUAGAUGAUUAGUCAAUAGAUUUGGGAGGAACAAAAUUGAAUUAGUUUUACUGUGUGGUUUUUUUAAUCUUUGCAAGAUUAUGGUCGAUCCAUGGGGAUUAGCACCAUUGAAACAAUAUGAAAGGAAAAGAGCCUUGAAAACCGGUGGGAUAUUGACCACGGUUUCAUUUGGGUAAAAUGAGUGGGGUUUAGAGUAAUCUAGGAGCUGAUUUUGAACGUUUUCAUGGUUGCAUGUUAGAUCUCUAAUGAUAUUUCAUCUGGAUAUUUCUAUUGUUGGAAUAAACUCUCUCAUCUAGUUAGUUACUAGAUGAAAGAUUUGCUUGCACCGUUUCUUGGUGGAUACGGAC